AUGGCCUCCAACACCACCUACACUCCUAACGAGGAGACCGAGAUCCAGCAGUGGCUCACCACCGCCACCCGCCUGCAGCAGGCCGGCUCCGGUGACGAUGCCUCCCCGAUCCUCGACACCCUCAACUCCCACCUGAGCACCCGCACUACCCUCCUCGGCACCAAGCCCAGCAAGGCCGACACCGCCCUCUACUCCGCCGUCCGCCCCCUCGUCGCCAGCUGGUCCCCCGAGCAGCGCACCGGCGAGAAGGGCUACCCCAACAUCGUCCGCCACCUUGACUUUGUCCAGAACUACCCCGCCUUCGCCGCCGAUGUGAAGCCCGAGGACAAGGUCAAGGUCGACCUUGACGAGGUCCUCUACGUGAAGCCCCCCGUCGACGCCAAGGCCGAGAAGGAGCGCCUCAAGAAGGAGAAGGCCGCCGCCGCCGCCGCCGCCGGUGGUGACAAGGCUGCCCUCCCCGACCGCACCAAGGACAGCAAGGACAAGAGCGCCGGCGAGAAGGUCAAGGAGGCCGUCACCGAGGCCAAGGACAAAGUGAAGGCCGCUGUCACCGCCCAAGAAGGAGAAGAAGGAGAAGGCCCCCAAGCCCCAAAAGGCCGCUGCCCCGCCGCGCCCCUGUCCCCGGCCCUCAUCGACCUCCGCGUCGGCCACAUCCUCAAGGCCAUCAAGCACCCCGAGGCUGACUCGCUCUACGUCUCCACCAUUGCCGUCGGCGACGAGCCCAACGACGACACCACCGAGUACGAGGGCCAGGUCUGCCGCACCGUCUGCUCCGGCCUCAACGGCCUCGUGCCCCUCGAGUCCAUGCAGGGCCGCAAGGUCGUCGUCGUCUGCAACCUCAAGCCCGUCAAGAUGCGCGGCAUCAAGUCGUGCGCCAUGGUCCUCGCCGCCUCCCCCAAGCUCAAGGAGGGCGAGGUCGACGACCACAAGGGCCCCGUCGAGCUCGUCACGCCCCCCGCCGACGCAAAGGCCGGCGAGAGGGUCUACUUCCAGGGCUGGGAGGGCGAGCCCGAGGGCGUUUUGAACCCCAAGAAGAAGAUCUGGGAGACCUUCCAGCCCGGCUUCACCACCACCGACGACCUCGCCGUUGCCUUUGACGCCGGAGUCGUCGAGGCGCUCGGCAAGCAGGGUGUAGGCAAGCUGGUGACCAAGUCUGGCGGUGUCUGCACUGUUCCCAGCCUGAAGGACGCCGUUGUGCGGUAA